AACGCUCCUCCCUGGGGCAUUCUGGGAGUUGAGGUCCACCUGUCCUAAAGUUGCUGAGCGUAUGAACCGGACUGUGAAUGUAGCCCACACCUCUUGCUAUAUUUUCCUGGGCUUAGCCUGUGAUUCUGGGGAAAGACGCAGCUGCUUUAAAGAGCUGCGGACACGAGCUACAUUCAUGCCUUCCCUUCCUCCAAGGCAUCUUUUUGGAAUUGGAACGAAAAUGCCGUGCACCCAUACUAAAUAGAAUCUAAACGUGCUUCUGUGGUUUCUGUCCCUUCGAUAAUGAACCGUGAAUUUUGAGUAUUUUGAAAGCAGCUUCCUUUUCUUUAUAGAUAUCGGUCUAUACAUUUCACGCCUUUACUUCCUGUGUAUGGGGCAGAAUAUACAACAAAAAAAGAGAAUAAAAAACUUCAUAUUGCAAAAGCAGGAAAAAAGUGACAUUGCUGCUGAUGUGCAGAGGAACAGCAAUACGUGGUAUUAAACAGCACUGAAGUGAAGGUUUAAUGGGACAGAGUAUAUCUCAGAAGCAAAUUAAUGAGACACCCUUUGAGAGGGAACUCUGUGUUCAGGGUGCUGCUACCCCAAACCCCGUUUUUUAAGGAACCUCGCAUUGACCCUUCUUAGAAGCUGGGAUGUAUAGCAGGGCUCUCAGGGGCAAUAUAUUAGGAGGCUCGUCUGGAAAUAAAACCUUCAGAUGUUCCUGUCCCAAACUAGUUCUUGAUCGAUUAAAAAAUAGCAUUUUGGAUUGUGCAUCUUAACUUUUGCUGCUGAUGGAUAAAUGCUGCAUAGUUGAGAAUCUCCUGAUUUGUGGGUAGUAUUUUUUUAAAGAAGUUCUAAAGGAGACAGGUUCAAGGAAUCGUCCCAUAUACUUUUUAUUAUAGAAAUAACGUCUCAUUUCAGGGACAGAGGAAUGACCGUAUGAUGUAUUUAAUCCCUCUUGAAUAGCAAUACUUUGAUCAGCAGAUAGCUUUUGGUUUUUUAACUCUUUUUUUUUUUGCAUUUAUGUUUAGUAUUUUUGAAUGAUACAAGUUUUUAUAAACGUUUGCGUGGAGCAAGAAGAGGAGGAAUGGCGUCUGCAAAAGUGAAGAUGACCAAGAACAAGGACAAUAUCCCCCAUGAAUUAGAGAGCCAGUUUAUUUUGCGGCUGCCUCCGGAAUACGCUUCUACAGUGCGGAGGGCUGUUCAAUCUGGGAGUGUCAACUUGAAGGACAGACUCACGAUUGAAUUGCAUGCGGAUGGCCGUCAUGGAAUUGUGCGAGUGGACCGUGUCCCCUUAGCUGCCAAGUUGGUGGACUUGCCCUGCAUCAUGGAAAGCUUGAAAACCAUUGAUAAGAAAACGUUCUAUAAGACUGCUGACAUUUGCCAGAUGCUUGUGUGCACCGUGGAUGGAGAACUCUACCCUGCUUUGGAGGAACCAGCUGUGAGUACUGAUGCUAGAGCCAACAAGAAGAAGGAUAAGGAUCGGGAGAAGAAGUUUAUCUGGAAUCAUGGCAUUACGCUCCCAUUGAAGAACGUGAGGAAGAGGAGGUUCCGAAAGACCGCCAAGAAGAAGGCCCAGUACAUUGAAUCUCCAGACGUAGAGAAAGAAGUGAAACGCCUUCUGAGCACAGAUGCCGAAGCUGUCAGUGUCCGGUGGGAGGUCAUUGCUGAAGAUGAAACGAAGGAAGCUGAGAACCAUGGGUUACUUACAGGCCUGGAUAUUUCUUCUCCUGGGAUGUCUGGACAUAAACAAGGCCAUGGAUCUUCAGCAGAACGUGACGAGCUCCGGGAGAUGUUUAACGAAAUCAGCAGUAGCAGCAGCGAUGAAGACGAGAGGGAUCACCACGAUGACGAAGACCUGAACGUCAUGGAUACGGAGGAGGACUUGGAGAGGAGGCUGCAGGGCAAGCUGAGUGAAUCCAGCUCCCAGCAGCAAGAGAACGAAGGGACCAGCCAAAUUGCCAUUGGAAUCCAGAAGCAAAUUGACAACCUGAAGGGCAAGCUGCAGGAGACCCAGGAGCGCAGGAAGCGCCAAGAAGAUCUCAUCAUGAAAGUGGAGAAUCUGGCGCUCAAGACCCGGCUCCAGGCUGUGCUGGAUGAGUUCAAGCAGCAAGAAGAACGAGAAAAGCAGCAGCUGGCGUCUCUUCAAGAGCAGCUAGAAGCUCUAAUAGAAAAAUGAACUUCCAGACCUCCAAGAACAGAAGAUCAAAUGUUGACUGAAAAGUCCUUCCUCUUGGUGUGUGGCUCCCAGAUUCUUCGGUGCAAGUUCAUCAUAUGUUCUGAGACGAUUAGCAAGUUCCUCUCAAAGUCUAGGCCAGUGUUUCUCAGCCUAGGCUGCUUUAAACUGUGUGGACUUCAACUCCCAGAAUUCCCC